AUGGCUGGCUCGCACCACGCCAUCAUCUACGGCGCAUCCGGUCUUAUUGGCUGGUCUCUGGUCAACCAGCUCCUCCGAUCCUACGAUGUUGCCUCCUUUUCCACAAUCACCGCUGUCACGAACCGUGCACUCAACCUUUCAGAGUCCCGUUGGCCCGAGCCGGAUCGGAAUCAGCCAGACCUGCAGCUCGUUUCUGGUAUCGACCUGCGUCAUGGGGAUGGAGCUAAAUUGGCAGGCUCUUUGAAGGAGGUUAUUAAUGAUGUUGAGACCGUGACACAUAUAUUCUACCUGGUGUUUACUGCUAUAGACGACGAUCUGGAAGAGGUUGCGAUCAACAGAAGCAUGUUUCAGAGUGUCAUUGAUGCCCACGGCUUGGGGUAUGGCAUUUACGCGCCUGGAGGCACCUUCACUCCGCCCCUGCGCGAGGAAAUGGUGAAUAACCUCCCAGUCGACUACGCCAAGACCGUUGUGUAUCCAGCCUACCGCGAGCUUCUUACUACAGCAAGCGAAGGAAAGAAAUGGACAUGGUGUGAAUUUUGUCCGGAUGCGAUCAUUGGUUUCACACCCAACGGCUCUCAGUACAGCCUGGCACUACACUGGGCUCAGUACCUAUCCCUGUACGCUUAUAACCACGGCGUUGGUCCAUUCGCGCAAACAAAAAACUCAAACCCCGUGGAAGUCCCUUUCCCUGGAAACGCCGCCGGCGCCAACUCGCUAUUCUCUCCGGUGUCUAGCAGCACAAUCGCUCGCUGCAUGAUAAAUGCCUCCCUCCAUCCUGAAAUCUUCGGGAACGGCCAGCUGUUUAAUAUUGCAGACAGCGAGACACCUUGCAGAUAUGGCGAUCUUUGGCCCAAGCUGGCGAGCUGGUUCGGCCUGGUGGGCGUAGGGCCUAUCGAGGACUCUCAGGCUAAAGAUCAUAAUCUCGGAGUUGGUGAGCUUCCCAAAGCUACGCAGUCCUUGACACCGGGAGAAUAUAUAAUCAGGCACAGGGGAGUAUUUGAUCGAUGUAGACGUGCGAGUGCCAUCAGCGGAGGAGUUGGAGCCGGUCAUCGACAGCUGGACAGCGUGGGCUAUUGGCUAACGUUUGAUCGGGAAUUGAGCUUGAAAAGAUUGAGGGAGACUGGAUUUAUGAAAACCAGAGAUCCGGUUCACGGCUGGCUGGAAAGCUUUGAGAUGUUCAGGAAGGCCGGGCUGAUUCUGUAA